AUGGAACCGCGUCAACUACGAGCCAUCAUGCUUUACGAGCAUAAUCUAGGAACGAGUGCAAGGCAAACGGCCGAGAAAAUUAACACUGCGUUCGGAAAAGGCACUAUUGCUCAUUCCACAGUGAGUUAUUGGUUUAAGUCGUUCGAUAAGGGGGAUACGAGUUGUGAAGACAAACCUCGCUCCGGUCGGCCAGUUGUCUUCGACGAAGACCUUCUACGCUCACAUUUGGAAAGACAUCCGGAUGCAACUACCAGGGACUUGGAGAAGGAACUUGGGUACGACCAUUCCACCAUAAUUCGCCACCUGCAUGCAAUGGGCUACCACAAAAUAAUGAGUCGGUGGACACCCCACGCUUUGACAGACAGCGAGCGCGCAGCACGCGUGACCAUAUGCGAAAGUCUCCUCCUGCAACCUCACAGACAAGACUUUCUCAGGUCCAUUGUCACUGUCGACGAAUCCUGGGUUCACUACAACAACAAAACGCGGCAGGCCUAUUGGGUUCUACGCGGAGAAAGGGCGCCAACGGAACCAAAGCCAGAUCGUCAUGGACGAAAGAUAAUGUUAUCAGUUUUCUGGGACUGGCAGGGCAUUCUCUAUUGGGAACUGUUGGACGAGAAGCAGACUAUUAACGCUACUAUUUAUGGAGAGCAACUGGAAAAGUUAGCCUCAGAAAUAGCGACUAAGCGUCCAAAAAGACUGUCUGUAUCACUUCUUCAGGACAACGCUCGACCACAUACUGCGAAGUCUGACCGCCACAUUCUGGAAAAGCUAAACUGGACAGUGGUACCUCACCCGCCAUACAGUCCUGAUAUUGCGCCGUCGGACUAUUGUCUCUUUCGGGCUCUAAAGCUACAUCUAAGAAAGAAGAAGUUUGAAAACUAUGAACAACUCCAAGACGAUAUUGCCGAGUUUUUUGACCACCAGCCUCCUGCUUUUUGGGAACACGGCAUAAUGUCUUUGCCAGAGAGAUGGUUACAUGUUGUUGAACAUGACGGUCAUUAUAUUGUGGAUUAA